AUUAGUGAAAGUUGAUCUGGACGUUGCGUUGAAUGACGACUUGAGCAUUCGUGAUGAGACCAGAAUCCGAGACGCUCUUCCUACUAUUAAGUAUAUUAUUAGUUGUGGCGCUCGUGUUAUUCUCCUCUCCCAUCGUGGUUAUCCAAUUGACAAAGGAGAAUGGUACAGUUUGAAGCCUCUUGUGCAAAGACUGUCACAGCUAUUAGAAGUUGAGGUCAGCAUGGCGGAUGAUUGCAUUGGUCGACAAGUUGUGGAUAUGAUUUGUAAAAUGCCGUCAGGAGGGGUUCUGCUGCUGGAAAAUGUAAAGAUUCAACAGAGGAGAGAUGGCGUGUGAGAAAGAUCAGUUUGCAGAUCGAGCAGCUGGCGUCUCUUGCAAAUUAUUAUGUCAAUGAUUGCUUUUGGACUUCAAACGAACCACACGCUUCCAGCAACGGGGUUACUCGAUACAUCCCAGGAGUUGCUGGACUCCUUAUGAAAAAGGAACUUAAGUAUCUAUUUGAAGAUCUAGCGAGCGUAAACAAGCCAUUUCAUGCCAUUGUUGGUGGUUCAAGGCUUUCAACUAGGAUUGGCGUGAUAGACAACCUUUUUGACAAGGGGGAUUGGAGGUCUCAUCUUUACUUUCUUAGCGGCCGCUGGCUACUCUGUUGGAUACUCACUUGUGGAGGAGAACAUGCUUAGUCGAGCAAACCUAACACAUGAAAGAGGUGUACGUCUAGUGUUUCCCACUGAUUUAGUGAUAGCACAAUGGUUUGCUCCUGGUGCUACAACUAUGAUUGUUAAAUAUGGGAAUAAUAUCGAUAAAAAUUAUAAUUGGACCAGACACUGUCAGUCUGUUUAGCAGAGUGCUAGAUGAAGCAAAAACUAUCAUUUGGAAUGGACCAAUGGGAGGGUUCGAGAUAGCCGAAUUUGCUCAUGGAACAGAGGGGAUUGCAAAAAAGUUGGCAAAUGUAGAAGAAGCAAUAACAAUCAUAGUGGGAAGCAGUACUGUUGCCGCUGUUAAAAAAUUAGGGCUAGCGGUGAAGAUGACCCACGUUUCAACGGGAGGGUUUGCCUCAAUGGAGCUUUUGGAGGGGAUACCGCCUUAUGGAAUGCUUGAACUUCAGGAUGAUUCUUGGACUUGAGGAUGAGGAUGAUUACACUGCUUGGAGUAAGGUGCUCCCAGAUAGGUCAGAUACUGUUGUCAUUACAGUGUGAAGAUGGGUGAUG